CACACCGAGCCACUCACUCAACACAAGCCAUCAGACAACAUCGAGCCCGGCUACACAGAGAACUUUACACACGCUCUUCCGCUGAUUUCUCAAUCGCAGCAGGCCGACCACUUUGAGAAAUUUUGGACAAAAUCGGUCCAUUCACAUCUUGCACCUCUGCACGACGAGAGAGACGAAAGUGAGCUAUUUAUUGGAGAUCGUACUUCUUGAAUGUGAAUUUGACAACGAGACGAGAAGACAAUGUUAUGUGUGCUUGAAUUUGCAGAAGGAGGGAGGGUAGCUUUGAUAGAUUUAUGAGUAGAAUUGCUCGACUGGAUCGUGCAUCGUCGAGAAAGUGGGGCUUCUCGCUUGAUUGAACCUGUAGGCUCUGAUACCGGACCACUUUUUCCAUAACAGAUCUUGUGAGAGCGCUUGACUCUUGCUUGCCUGCGAAUGUUUAGCAAGGCCUUCCCGACAGUGCGCUCGAUUGUUGGCAUCACAGUCUCGAGCGGCAGGAAUCUUCGCCCCGCCGCCACCGUUCGGCUGUGCGAUCGCACAUUCAGGGCUAGGAGACUAAAUUCGCAGACCUUCCACCGUUUGGAUUCCGUGAAACGAGACAAGGGCGAGGAGGAACUCAAGGGACUGGUUUGUGUCCUGGCUGAUCACAGUUCGGGAACCAGAGCGGAGGUCGAUCCUCGGGGAGCUGCAGAAUCAGGAGAUCAUCAAGCGAUAGCGGGAUUGCAAGGAGCGGAACAGGUCCUACAAAGUAGCAACUUGGGAGAGGCCAGAGGAAGGGAGAGUGGAACAGCAAUAGCAGCAGCAGCUGCUCGACUGUCUGUGGAGGGCGAAGGAGGGACGAAGGGCUCGUUCUCUGUAGGAGCUAUGGCUACCGAGGCAGCACAUUGCCGUAUAUAUCUUGCAGCAAAGAAUCCCCGUCAGGCGGAACUGAUUCCUGGAAUGUUAAUCGCGACGGAGCUGAAGUUGCCUGAAGGAGCUCAAUUGUUGGCAACUCCUGACGCAUCGGAUGUGGAUUCGACGGUGACAGAGUUAUUCGAUGUCAUCGACUAUCUCAAGAAUCUGCGAACUUCACAGUUCGGAGCGUUCGCUCUUUACUCGCCCCUGAUCCCGUCCACGCACACUCUGCUUUCCCAGAAUUUCAAGGAAUUCCCGGAAGGCUCGAUUUGUAUAGCUGGGGCUCAGUUGCAGGGAAAAGGUCGGGCAGGAAAUGUAUGGGAGUCUCCCAAGGGCUGCCUGAUGUUCUCAUUCACCAUCAAAAUGACCAACGGACGUUUGGUCCCUUUCCUUCAGUACGUGGUGUCUCUGGCUGUCGUCGAAGCAUUCGAAGAAAUCUGCAAAGCCAAGGGAAUUGCAGCACCCGAAGUGCGAAUAAAAUGGCCUAAUGACUUGUACGCUAAGGGUUUGAAGGUAGGAGGCGUUUUGUGCACGUCCACUUACAGUGCCAAAACCUUCAACAUCGUCGUAGGUGUCGGGCUCAACGUGGGCAAUCGAGUCCCAACCACGUGCCUCGAUGCACUCAUUCAAGAGGUGGAUCCUCACGCGAGUGCACUCAGCAAGGAGCAGCUUCUGGCAGCGAUCAUGAUGAGGUUCGAGGAGCUGAACUCCAAGUUCACCUCCCAUGGAUUCACCCCACUGCGAGACUCAUACUAUGACAAAUGGCUGCACACUGGUCAGACUGUUGUUCUGGAAGAGAAGGACCCCGAGAGCUCGGAAAUGUCACAUGUUCCCUUAACGAUACGAGGAUUGAGCUCCAGAGGUUAUCUGUACGCCAUAGAUGAACGAGGAGAGCAGUACGAACUUCAUCCCGAUGGCAACAGUUUUGACUUUCUCAAAGGCCUCGUGAGGACAAAGCUUGAAGCAUGAGAGGAGAGAUCAGCGAGUUCGUGCUUCUACGAAUGCUUUCAUCUGCGCACUUUCGCAAGUUGAUUGAAUGCUUGUGUACAUAGCACGAUUAGGAGAGUUUGGUGAUCGUUGCGGGAAUAGUUUAGGCAUGAGAAUGAGUAGCCGAAAAAGCUAGAGGCUUCAGAAGUGUAAUAGCUGACUUGUGUCACUACAGUAGUCUCCUGGUUAAGUACGCAUAAUUUUCACCAAAAAAUAGGGUUGAAGAUUUAUUUAGUUCAAAACAUCAUAGAUUGUCAUCUUUCGUAAGUUGUGAAAUUUUUGCGUUUGGAA